AUGAAGUUUUUAGCGUUCAUUGCAUUCUGUGCAAUAACUUCAGCACACGACAUCUCGCAGCUGAAGGUGCCGUUGUACGCAGAUCCACGCCGAGCCGCGGAACUCAGCUGCCACUUCAAGAUGGAUGAGCAAAAGUUACAUUCCGUGAAGUGGUACCGCGACACUAACGAGAUAUUCAGAUAUAAUCCACAACAACAGCCUGCUAUCCGUCUGUUCAACAUAACAGAUGUGAUGGUCCAAGGCGGCGAGUGCCAACCCGACUUUUGUACCGUCAGAGUGAUGCCUCCACCGAUAUCUACUAGGGCAGCAUAUACAUGUGAGGUAUCCACUGAAGGUCCUAAGUUCCAGAUUGCAAGAAAAACUAAACAUAUGACUGUUGUUGCUAUGCCGGAGGCGGACCCUGUCAUAAUCGGAGCUCAAAAGGUGUUGAAGCCUGGAGAUCAGAUAUUCCUGAACUGCACGUCGGACUUCUCAUUGCCGCCAUCAGAAAUUAAUUGGUACAUCGAUGAGGAGCUGCAAAAGCCAGAGGCAUGGCAAAAAACGGAAGUAACAGGUCAUCAGCCCGGUGGUCUUCGACGAUCAUGGCGCGUAUUACGUCUACGUGUACCCAGCACUGCUAGUGGUUCAAUGCGCGUACGCUGCGAGUCCAUACUCCUAGUUCAGCCGCCUGUUGUGCGGGAUGUAGAUACUAUAAUCACGAUACAUUCACGUACGCUACUCUCUAAAUAUGUGUCUAAUAAUAGAGGUACAAAAGUAGUCAAUACCUUUGGGUUAAUAGCAUCAAUUAUAUUAUUGACUUUUAAUGAAAUAUCAAGGUUUACGAGCUUAUGA